AUGAGUAAUUCAAUAUCACCUUCUUCCUAUUACUUAAUCUUAUUUAUUAAGUCUCUAAUCAUAAUCAUCUCCUUAAUCCAACCAUCCCUCUGUAUCAUCCCUUCCGGCGGCGGCUACUGGCAGCUGUUACAAAGCAGCGUAGGUGUAUCCGCCAUGCACAUGCAACUCCUCAAAAACGACCGUGUUAUCUUCUUCGAUCGAACAGAUUUCGGCCAAUCUAAUUUACUAUUACCAGAUGGAAAAUGUCGAUAUGAUCCAAACGAUACUGCUCUAAUCAUUGACUGUACAGCACACUCCAUUGAAUACAACUUCCUUUCCAACACUUUCAGACCUCUCAUGGUGCAGACUGACGUCUGGUGUUCAUCCGGCUCCGUCAUGCCCGACGGCCGCUUAAUCCAGACCGGCGGAUUCAACGAUGGCGAGCGGAAAGUCAGAGUAUUCAACCCAUGUGAUAACUGUGACUGGUUAGAAAUCGAUGAUGGGUUAGCUGUUCGUCGAUGGUAUGCCACUAAUCAUGUUCUUCCAGAUGGUCGUCAGAUCAUAAUCGGUGGUAGAAAACAAUUUAAUUACGAGUUUUAUCCGAAGAAUUCUGAUUCGUCUUAUUAUAAUCUCCCAUUCUUGAUGGAAACAAAUGACCCAGAAGAAAAUAAUUUAUACCCUUUUGUUUAUUUAAAUGUUGAUGGAAAUUUAUUUAUUUUUGCUAAUAAUCGAGCGAUUUUGUUAAAUUAUGUGAUGAAUAAAGUCGUGAAAACGUACCCAUGUAUCCCAGGUGGUGAUCCAAGAAGUUACCCUAGUUCAGGUUCUUCAGUUCUUCUUCCAUUAAAGAACCUUCAAGCUCCUGUAUUAGAAGCUGAGGUUUUGGUUUGUGGGGGUGCACCUAAAGGGUCUUAUCAACUAGCUUCAAUGGGUAUUUUCAUGGAAGCUUUAAACACAUGUGGGAGAAUCAAGAUAACAGAUUCAAAUCCAGAAUGGGUAAUGGAAACCAUGCCUCAAUCUAGGGUAAUGGGUGAUAUGAUAUUACUUCCAAAUGGUCAUAUUCUGAUCAUUAAUGGUGCAUCAAGGGGAACAGCAGGUUGGGAGUUAGGAAGAAAUCCAGUUCUUACACCUGUUAUAUAUAAACCCGAAUAUACAAUCGGAUUCAGAUUCGAAAUCCAAAACCCAUCCACCAUUCCCAGAAUGUAUCACUCUGCAGCUAUCUUACUCCGAGAUGGAAGAAUUCUAGUUGGUGGAAGUAACCCUCAUGUGUUCUACAACUUCUCCGACGUCGUUUACCCAACUGAGUUAAGCUUAGAAGCUUUCAGUCCGCCAUAUCUAGACCUUCAAUUCUCCAACUUACGUCCAAAGAUUUUCUCGCCACCUUCUUACUCCAUGCUUGGAUAUAAUCAAAUACUCAGAGUUGAAUUCACAGUGACAGACAUGUUAGUUUCUGCUGAUCAAGAAAUAGUGGUGAGUGUAACAAUGGCGGCUCCAUCGUUUACAACACAUUCAUUUGGUAUGAAUCAGAGGAUUUUGAUACUGGGAAAUCAGAAAGCUAGUAGCUUGGGAGGAUCUGUAUAUCAAGUUUUUGUUACAACACCGAGUUCAGUAAAUCUUGCACCCUUUGGAUAUUAUCUUCUCUUUGUGGCUUAUCAAGAUAUACCCAGUGAAGGUAUUUGGGUUAGCAUGCAAUGA